AUGGAAUCCUUCACCAAACAAUCAUUUCUUGCAAUGUUUUAUAUGUUGCUAAUGGCAACAUCAAGUUUAGGGCAACUUAAGCACAAAACUUUGGUUCGUGUGACCAAUGAAGUGGGUUCGGAUCUUACCGUGCAUUGCAAGUCAAAAGAUGACGAUUUAGGAAUGAAAAUACUUCAUCCUAAAGGAUCAUAUGAAUUUAGUUUUUGGCCUAAUUUUAUGCUAAGUACACUCUUCUUUUGUAGAAUGGGAUGGGGUCAACAAUCUCAUUAUAUUGAUAUUUACAUAGCUCAUAGAGAUAAUGAUAAAUGUGGAUAUAAUUGUUUUUGGGUUGUUAAACCUACUGGCCCUUGUAUGUUGUAUCCUAAGGACAAGCAAACUUGUUAUCCUUGGAAAUCUUAA